AUGGUCCCAGCUUCCCCCAAGAAAGUAUCAUCGCAUGAAGAGAUCGUCUUCCGGUUCCUGGAUCGGCCGUAUACUGCACUCCAGCAAGCUUGGGAAGAACUCCGUACUGCGAACUCCUCCAUACCCAAGUUCACGACUGAGCUCCUCAUCAAAGGGGGAAAGUCACAGGAGGCGGUCAGACAUAACCAUUCCAAACCCGAUGGUGUCUUUGCGUUUGGCGGCAAAAUCUGUUCGGCAGCAGAGUCAGAGGGAGCGGAGUCAGAGUCAGGUUGGAGUUGGAUGAAUAUCGUAUGCCCGAUGGGAUUUAAGAAGAACGAUGGCGAUUUCCUAAGUCUUCUGCGCAACUUCAAGGGGAGCUCAAAGAUGUUACGAACCGUGUCUUACUAUUAG